AUGGUUGGCCUCCGACAUGACCGAUCACCCUCACGUGUUUUUGCGUUGGGAGCAUGUUUGGGGAUUGAGGCUAUUCCUUCCAGGCACCAAUUUUACAAAGAAACUAAGACCCUCGGUCGCAAUAUCUGUUUACUGGAGAUCUUGUCCUUGAAUCACCACUGCCAACAACCGAAAGACAUCAAGAGCGCGAUGCAGGCCCCCAGAAACGGAAAGGCUUAUGCUGAGGUGGCAGCUGUUGGCCUGCUGAGGUCGAAAAUGCUUCCGCCCGGUGUCAGCAACCAACAGCUACUUCGCGGGGUCGGCGGAGAAGACACAGAGCCACCACCACCGGAAAACAGCGAAGAUGAGUCCGACGAGCCAUCAAGACUGAGAAAGGCCGCCGACUGGGUUCGUGAAAACCCCGGGACGACUGUAUGUUAUGGCGUGAGUGCAGGCAGUCUCGUCGUUUUGGCCGCACCAGCUCUAGUCGCUGCACCAGCCCUGGGACUUGCGGGUUUUGGCUCGCAGGGAAUAGUCGCCGGCUCUACGGCAGCGGGCAUCCAAGCCGGAAUCGGGAACGUGGUGGCGCCGAGCCUCUUUGCUACCCUCCAAAGCGCCGGUGCGGCUGGCUACGGUGCCGCGGUCGUCAACGGAGCUAUACAGGCGGGCGCCGGGGUUUCUGCUACUGCGUUUGCGUGGUGGGGGGCAAAGAAGAAAGAUUGUGGAGAGAAUGGCAAGGAGGAAGAGGUAGGCGGGGAUAAGAAGCCAAGUGCCUAG